ACAACAUGAGCGAGACUCGACAGACGGAGUCAUUUACAUGUACAUGUACUGAGAGAAAUUGAACGCUUGUGAGGUCCGACUUUAUCAAACAGGACUCUUAAUGAUAAGACCCUUUGACUAUUUACUUCUAGAUUAAAAUAGAUUGGCUCUAUUAAGCGUCAUGCGAUUAAUACAAUAGUUACGUAAAACUAUUAAACUCAAUGUUGAAUUCGUCGUUUGCGCAUUCACAGCCAGCUGAGGCGAACAGGUUGUGCGUCAAGUUCCGUUAAGUCUUUUGAAUUAAGCAACAGAAGGGAUUCAGAUGUUCCAUUCUCACAGAGCUCUUAAUACGAUGGAGAGGUACGUCGUAACUAAAGAUUCAUACUGGUUAGACAACAGGUUUAAUUCAACAGGCGCAAGGAUGCCCGACGCUGGAAAAGAAAUUUGGCUGGGCAACGACAGAAGUUUUGGGCCGAAAUCCCCGACUUAUGUAGACACGGAAAACACCCCUCCAUCAUUUCUAUUCAGCGAUCCUACUGAAGACAUCCUGCAAAACUUUUAUCACACGAAGAGAGUUGGAAAUUACCUGAUCGGAAAGAAGUUGGGAGAGGGAUCGUUCGCCAAAGUGCACGAGGGGCUUCACGAGACCACGGGGGAGAAGGUGGCAGUGAAAGUGAUUGAUAAGAGGAAGGCCAAAAAGGACUCGUACAUCAUAAAGAACUUGCGUCGUGAAGGACAGAUCCAGCAAAUGAUCCGUCACCCAAACAUUACCCAACUGCUGGACAUCGUUGAGACGAAAAACAGCUACUACCUCGUCAUGGAGCUCUGCACUGGUGGAAACCUAAUGAACCACAUUUACGAAAUGAAAAAACUGGAUGAGAGUGAAGCACAGAAAUACGUACGCCAGCUAGUCAUGGCAGUGGAUCACCUACACAGGGCAGGAGUUGUUCACAGAGACUUGAAGAUUGAAAAUCUUCUCUUGGACGAACUGGACAACAUAAAGCUGAUUGAUUUUGGGCUCAGUAACUGCAAUGAAAUUUUAGGAUACUCUGAUUCCUUCAGCACACAGUGUGGCAGCCCGGCAUACGCUGCUCCUGAGCUUCUUUCAAGGAAGACGUACGGGCCUAAAGUGGAUGUCUGGUCAAUAGGUGUCAACAUGUACGCCAUGCUCACUGGUACCCUACCGUUCACCGUUGAGCCAUUUAGUCUGAAAGCCCUGCAUCAGAGAAUGGUGGACAAAGAUAUGAACCCUCUACCUCCAUCUAUCUCAUCAGCUGCCGUCAGUCUGCUGAAGAGACUUCUAGAGCCAGACCCUGAUAAGAGACCCAACAUCCACCAAGUGAUGGAAGAUUCAUGGCUGCAGUUGCGCAACCCUCACACUAGAGUCCCUUACUUGAAUAGAAUCCCCGUUGAGGAGAUCAACCAUACGGCCCUGCUACACAUGACUGAGCGAAUGGGCUACUCGAACACUGCUGUGCUUAGUGCAGUGCUCACAAAUAAAGCUAGUCACACACUGACUGUUUACUUCCUCCUCAACAACAAGAUGAAGAGACUCUCAAAGGAGUAUAGGGAGAAACAGUACAACAUGGAGAAGGAGAAAAAGAGUGAACAAAGCAAAGGUCCUACCAAAGAGAAGAAACACAAAACAGGUUUCCCAAUAAUUAUCAGCAUCCCUGCUCGUACACCUUCAUCCCUUGGUGCCCAUUCUUGGGCUUCUGCAAGCAAGGAACAAACCAAAGAAGCUCCUCCUCCUCCAUGGUACAAGCUGAACAACAGUGCACUCUCUUUCCAACGGAAUGUGUCGGCUUUCCAGCCCGAUAGAUCAUACUUGAAGAAGGCCACGAUCCCCAGUCCGCCUGUUCUUAUUGUCAAACCCCAGCCCAAGAGAAGUCCUUCCACUACAGACUGGCCAAGCUCCUCAGAAUCCAACGGUAGUCCACCCAGCAGUGGGGGUUGCGAGGAGCCCGACAGCCCUCAGCAUCGGAGCAAGUUCCCUUCCAUGGGCAUCGGACAGAUUUUAAAGAAGGUGCCACCUUUCAGAUUCAAAUUGCCCCCCUUCAGGCUAGAGCCUGCUUUUACCAUAUGCAAACUCAGCACUGCACCUCAGGGGCUCUCAAAACCCUGUGCUGAUGAGACUUUAUGGCCUCCUCAUACUUUUAGAAAAUGUUAUGUCAGAUGAAUGCAGUAAUAUUAUCUCACCAUUAUGCUCACAAUUUGGGCUUCCAAGGAAACCAGAUUUAUUGCUAACCCCAUAGGGAGUUAUUUGGUGUCAUACCUAGCUGGAGUGAAAGCUUGCAGAGAACAUACUCUGAGCACUGUAAAAUUAGGACUUAGGCUAACGCAGGCAAAGGUAAAUAGACCCUGAAAGUCAAGUUCACAUGCAGCAACAUGUUCAACACACUUCUAGUGAAGUGCCAUGUAGCAGCUGAACUGCUUUUACCACACAAUCAAUCAAUCAAUUUUCUAUGAAAAAAGCUGUCACUGCCCAAAAUAAUUUCUACUUGUGUUUAGUAUCUCUGGGAAUGGUUGGUUUUAUGAAAAUGUGCUUAUUUCAGCAAAUAAUAUUAAUUAUUUGUUACUUUUUUCAACCUCAAAUUGUAAUGAAACUCAGGUCAAUGACACUGAACUCUAAAGAAAACAUUUUCUCCUAUAUCCUAACUUUGAACCUGUGGUGAAAUAUGGUAUAUAUUUCAUUGGAAGACAACAUUCCUCUUUCUUCCCUUAAGGGAUUGCUGGCAUUUUGUAUGGCCUUAACUACCUUGCUUUAAGCCUUUUAGGCUGAGAGCUUUGUCAGUAUUAUGAGUUGAUAAUGUUUCUUGUUUAAGAUUAAUUUUACCUGCAAAGCAAUGAUGAGGGAAAAUAAUGGUUUGUGCAAUAGUAUGUACAUAUAUUUGAUUGCUGAACUGGUUAGGACCAGGUUGGUGUUUUUCUAUAGUCAGGACAUGCAAGUGUCGUUCAUUCCAUGUGUUGUCAACCUUGAGUCAUUAUGUCAUUUCACAUUACUCUAGAUUUACAAAGAUUUCCUGUUUCACAGUCUUCAAGUGCACAAAAGACUAUGAGCUGUGAGAAAAUGAACUUUUUCUGUUUUAAACACAUUUGCAUGCACACUGAAAUUUGAAAAAAAAAAACGUGAUGUCAGUUUUUGGUGACACGUCUUUGUACUUUAUUACGGUUGAUGAAUUUGAAGGACUUUUGGUAGGAUUUUGUAUUGAUUUGCUUUUGUCAACUUAAAGUAGCUUUUUAUCCUGUAAAAAGGAUUUGAAAUAUUUAUAUUCAGAACACAAAGAUUAUUUGUGUUCUGAAUUUUUACAGCAUGUGUUACCUUUUGGCACCAAAAAAUAAAUGCACAAUAAUUAGUAAAUGCAGGUUUUCUGUGUUGAAUGUUUGUAAUUAUUUUAUUUUUUUUAAGCUCAAUCAGAGGCAUUUGUGGCACAUUGAUUACCACAAAAAAAUAAUUCCAAAUCAUCCCUCUUUUUCACUCAAACCUUUUUCUUAAAAUAAUUUUUUUUGGAGGGGUUAUAGGCGCAAAUGUGAACCUAAUAUUUUAUAAAAGCACUUGCAUGAAUUCUUCCAUUUAAACUUGUGUAUUUUUUGAGCUGUAAAGUUGUUUUAAUCAUAAUUUUUGCAGUUGACUACUUGAUUACCGAUUACAGGUUUUGUGGUUUUAUGUUGUUAUGGCAAUGAUGUUAUAAAAUUGGAUGAAACUUUCCACAGAUAGUAAGCAAUUUUAUCACA